AUGUCCCAUAAUAUUAAGUCACUUAAAUGCACACAUGAAAGCAGCUUGUGCAAGUACUUCAAGGACAGCCGGAAUAUGAAGAAGCUCACGGACCCCUACCUGCGGGUCCAGCUGCUGAAGCACACAAAUCGUGUCAUUGUGCACACCCUCUGUGUGUUGCCCAAGACUCAGCAUGACUUCAUCUCCUUCGUGGUGGACACGUGGUUCCAGACGGAAACGAUGCUCUGCUUCUGCGUCAGCGGGGUGUUCAAGAAAGUGGAAGGAAGUUCUCAGGGCUGUGUGCGUGCCUUCACCCGGACCUUCAUCGCUAACCCUGCCAGCUACUCCAGUCUGUGCAUCGUGAAUGACGAGCUGUUUGUGAGGGACGCCAGCCCCAGUGAGACCCAGAGUGUGUUCUCCAUCCCAGUGCCUACGCCCACCUCCAGCUCCAUGCACACCCUCUCCCAGGGGCAGCAGGACAUCAUGCAGGCGUCCUCCACCCCACCUGAGGUGAACCUCUAG